AAUAGUCAAUCGGUUGACAAAACGAAAGAAGGUUGGUUUGGUUUGCUUCAAGGAGUAAAUAUUAAAGUCGCUAUUUCAACGAUUCAUUUUGAAGGGCAAACUUUGUAGCAAACUUUUGUCACAUGCAAUCUUCUGGCUAAUGUUAGGUCGUUUUUUCAGAUCAACUUCAUACCUCUAUAUGAAUCGAUCUGCUCAAUUUGCACCGUCAAAUAUGACCACUACAGAAGUUAGUGACUUAUUCUACCCUGUCAUAAAAAACGUAAGAAGUCUAACAAUGCCGGGUUACAGCAACGAGGAAUAUUCAUAUGGAGCAUGUCUCCGAUCAAAGAAAUUCAGUAAUGCAAGUUUUGCUACUAAUCGAGCUGAAACAAAGACGAAUAGUGAGGCAAAACAGCCAGUUUUUCCGAGGAGUCGCCAAGAUCACUUAAGUAGCUUUUCCUUUGAUAAAGAACGAUCAAAUCGCAUAAUUAAUGCUACGUAUCGCAAAUCUUACGCGUACAAAAUCUGGAAUGACGGAUCUAGAGAUUGUUUUCCGUACACCACUCCUGUUAAGCAAACAACAAUGCAGCUACACGAACAAACACUACAGACAAACGCCUUUGAAGCAUUCAGUCGCACCCGUAAUGAUGAUUGGCAAAUCACGAGUGGAAAAACAAAAUCCCAAAAGGAUAGGGAAGAGUUUCUGCCACUAAAUAACAGGAUAAGCUAUCAUACAUCAGUGUAUAACUCAAAUAACGCUGCAAGAGAUUGUAAGGAACACUACUUUAUUCAGAGUUUUCCUAAACAGAACUAUUCACAAAAAAUGCCAUCGAGUAAGAAAUCCGUUUCGACUUCGGUUAUUCGUGCCGCUCAAUCGGCGAAAGCCACGUGGACAUCGUCUUCCAAGGAGCUUCUGGCGAAGGCUAAUGCUGAUCUUGACAGGUAUUUGGAACAAAAACAGAUGUUGGCAUUUCAGGAAAGCAAUUCUUCCCAUAUGAAACCGGCAACAAAUUUACACGUGUCGCUAAACAGAGCAAACCCAGCUCAGAAGCUUUGUCAUCAUAGGUUAGAAAGUAACUGUCAAAGAACUAUUGGUGCAAAUGUUGCUGUGCUCGAGAACACUUGCGUUAACAAUACCUUUAACCACGUGUCGUGCAUGAAAUUUCAAUCGUAUGAUUCAAAUGUGGUUAAUAGCAAUGUUCCAAACAUUGUCCAGCAAAGACAUCGACAGUGUUCAACGCGUGCUAAGAUGAAAAACCAAAGAUCGAUUAACAAGAUAAGUACCUCUACGGUUUUAAAAAGAUACUUGGCAAAAAAAAAUGGAUACCAAAUGCUUAAGUCUGUUCCAGCCCUUCACAAAGGCGUAAACCAAACAGGAGGCGACGCUUUUGGCGAGAAAGGUCUUGAAUGUGAAAGAAAAAAUGAAACGAGACCAGCAACAGUGCUGACGAGAAUCAACGAAAACGACGCUGCAACAUUUGCAGAAGGAAUAAACAACCUAAACUCUGAAUACUUUCCGAUCGAGACACUCGUGAAAAUGGCAGUCAAGGAGUCAAGUACGGAUACAAAUUAUCAAGGAUUGUCAACGACGACGCGCAUCAAAGACAAAGUGAAUGAAAUUGAUCGUGCAAGAUUGUUACUGAGAGAGUUAUUUGAUGUAACAUUAGAAUGUACGCAAGACGAUGAAAUGGAGAUGUCUGUGUUGGCUUCCAGCUCAUUUGGCCGCAAGAACAUUCUUAAUCAUUUAAGACUUAUUGACAGAUAUUUUUAUGAGUUGCAAAAAAAAUUGAUGAGUUAGUUUUCCGUAUGUGAAAUACCAUUGGCUACAGCAGUUUGGUGUCCUGAAGUUUGAGUGCAAUUUUGCAAAAUAUUACAGUAAGAAAGAAAAAGAAAAUUAAAAAAGAUAUAUAGUUCACUUUCUAUCA